AUUUAAUAAAUUUGAUCAUGACAAUGCAGCAGUUACGACAGCAAGACACAUGUUUUCUUUUUCCAACAUAACCUAUUUCUACAAUAUAACCUCCACAUUUCAUUGUAUCACUGUAUAACAUUGUACAAGGAACAAACAAUAUUUUAUUUGUAAUUUGUAGUGAACAAAAAAUUAUAUUUUGCGACUAUGUUAUUAUUAUAAUUGUUGCAAUUUUUGCAAACUUAAGAACUACUAUAAUAUACAAUCUAAUUGUUAAAUAGUUAAAUGAAUUCUUGAUACCAUGCCUACUUUAUUUAACGGUGAUAAUUCCGAUUCGGAUAAAGAAUUGAAUAUCAAUACAGACUAUGCUAAAAAUUAUAAUAAUUGGCGGCAGAAAGAAGAACUCAAUAAAUUAAAAACAAAAUAUGGAAACAUUAGUGGAAGUGCAUCAUCAGAUGAAAAUUCUGGUACAGAGAGUUCAUCAGAAGAAGAAGAAGAAGAAGAGGAAAAUGAGUUGACCCAGCAAUUUGACAAAGAUUUUUAUAAAACAUUAGCUUACUUAAAAAACAAGGAUCCAAAAAUUUAUAAUCAAGAUGUAACAUUUUUUGAUGAUACUAAUAAAGUACAAGAAUCAUAUAGUAACCAGAAGAAACAAAAAAUAAAGAAAGAGAAGGCAGUCUUUUUGAGAGACUAUGAGCGUAAAAUUAUUGUAGAACGUGAAGGGAAAUUUAGUGAUAGUGAAGAUGAAGAUACACUGAAAAAGAAUAAAGAAGAUAGUAAUAAAAUAACGUAUGUGCAAGAACAAAGACAGCUGAAAGAAAGUUUCAGGAAUGCAUUGCAUGAUGAUGAAGAUGAUGCAGACUUAUUGAAACCAAAAUCUAAAUCUGAGAGUGAAAAGGAAAAAGAAGAGGCAGAUUACAAGGAGUGGUUGAAAGGACAAGAAACUGCCAUAAAUGAAACUGAACAGGAGGUGCUUAAGCCAUUACGCGAUUUUUGGUCCAAUCCCAAUUUAGAUUCAAACGAAAAAUUUUUAAGAGAUUAUAUACUUAACAAUAAAUAUUUGGACAACGAAUAUACUGACGCAAAUAUAGACGACGCACACGUAGUUCACGACAGCGAUGAAAAUUUAUCAGAAGACGAAAAGAACAUUGACAAACAAGAGGAAUUCGAGCACAAAUAUAAUUUUAGAUUUGAGGAACCUGAUCAGGAAUUUAUCAAACGGUAUCCUCGUACUCUAGAAAAUUCUUUACGAAGGAAGGAUACUCGUCGAGCACAAAAGAGAGUAGAAGUAAAAAAGAGGAAGGAAGAAGAAAAAUUAAGAAAGAAGGAAGAGCUAAAGCAGUUAAAAGCAUUGAAAAGAAAAGAAAUUGAAGAAAAAAUAGAGAAAUUAAAGGAGAUCACAGGAAAUGAUGAUAUACAGUUCAAUGACAUGGAUUUGGAGGGUGAUUUCGAUCCCAAUGAGUAUGACCGAAAAAUGACACAGAUCUUCAACGACGAUUAUUAUGCUGUACAAGAAGAAGAUGUUAAACCUGAAUUUCCAGAGAUAGAUGAAGAACUGGAAAUCGAAGAUACGUGGGAUAAUUAUGACCCUAAUACAGAGUAUUAUGACGAAGAAGGAUAUGAACAACCGCAUUGCGAAGAUCCAGAUUUCAACAUGGAUGCCGAUUACGAUCCAUCCAAAAAUAUCAAGGAAGAGGUAGAAGGUACAAAGAAAAGAAAACGUAGGCGGAAGUCCAAAUUUGCUGAACUUAUAGCUAAAGAAAAGCCUAAAUUUGAUCCGAAAGUAUAUCAAUCAUAUGAAGAAUACUUUGACAAGUAUUAUUCCUUAGAUUAUGAAGAUAUGAUCGGUGAUAUACCGUGUAGAUUUAAAUAUAGGAAAGUAGUACCAAAUGAUUAUGGCUUAAGUGUUGAAGAGAUAUUAACAGCCGAUGAUAAGGAAUUAAAUAAAUGGUGUUCAUUGAAGAAAGCAUUACAAUACAAGCCAGAACAUGCGGAAUUAAACGAUGUUCAGAUGUAUAAACAGAAGGCUACAAAUGAGGCACUAAAGAAGAAAAUACUUAGAAGUUUAUAUACCAACCCUGAGGACGAAGAAGAGACAAACAAAGAAGAAACUGUGAAAAACCAGAAUACUGUCGAACCUACAGAAACAAAGAAGCGUCGAAGAAAGAAGAAGAAGAAACAGGAAACUGAAAAUAAUGCAAUAACUACUGAAACUGUGACUGUAAAUAAUGAAGAAGUUAAUGAAAGUAAGAAAAAGAUUAAACACAAUGCAGAUAUUAAACAGGAGAAAGUGACAGAAAGCCCAAAAGCAGAGAAGCGAAAGCAACCUGAAGAACAGUCUGAACAGCCAUUAAAGAAAAAACAUAAAAUUAAUAAUCUUGAAAAGUCUACAAGCUCUCCUAAAAAUAAAUCACAUAAAGAAAAAGGUGAAGACGUUAAUAAAAAACCUAUUGAUUUCAAUACCAAGAAUUCGAAUAAACAAAAAAUAAAAGAGAAGAUUUCGAAGAAAAAGAAAAAGAUGGUUGAUAAAACAAAGAAGAAAGGUACUAAGAGUAAUGAGAGUACCAAUGGCGAUAUUAUUUCCUUGAAUCCAGAGAGAUUAAAGAUGUACGGAAUAAAUCCAAAGAAGUUGAAGAAUAAGUUGAAAUAUGGGAAACAGCAGAAAUAGUUGCAACAUAUUGUAAAUACAACAUAAAUUUGUAUAUUUAUUAUUUGAUAUUGAAAUAGAUUGUCCCUCUGUUGAUA